CUGAAGGCGCCACCGUAUCACGUGACGCUGCGGGCAUCAUGGCGGCCUCCCUCCGACGGCUGCUGUGUUUACGCUCCGCGCUGCUGCUGCUGCUCUUCCUCUGCGCGUCUCCGCUCACACGGACCGGGGCUGAAGACUCGGAGGACUGCGGAGACCUGAGGCUCGGACAAUAUCUCUGCAAAGACCCAAAGAUCAACGAAACCACGCAGGAACCGGAGAACUGCAGAGACGGGAAGGCGUCCGUGGAUUGUCUGCCUGCUCCCAACGUCACCUGCCGGCUCGCCAACGGCACCGAGGUCCGCUUCAGCGGAGAGGAGGUGGGCUUCAACAGAACCAUCGCCUGCAGGAAUGUAACCGGUUACUCGUACAAAGUGGCGGUGGCGCUGUCGCUGUUCCUGGGCUGGCUGGGAGCGGACCGCUUCUACCUGGGAUACCCGGCUCUAGGUCUGCUGAAGUUCUGCACGGUGGGGUUCUGCGGGAUCGGGACGCUGGUCGACUUCAUCCUGAUCGCCAUGCAGAUCGUGGGCCCGGCUGACGGGUCCAGCUACAUCGUGGAUUAUUACGGCGCCCGUCUGACCCGCCUGUCCAUCAACAACGAGACCUUCAGGAAGCCUCACCUGUCGCUCUGACCACACCUGGAUGGAGCGGUUCUCCGUCCACCCGCCUCAGAGCGCUGCAGAGACUCGGACCUCCUUCAGAAGACGACGCAGAACAUUCCUCUGGGUUCCUGCAGAACGGUUCUGGUUCCUGGUGAACCCAGCUGAGGUUCUGUUCACAUGUUCCUCCCUUUAAGUUAUAAAGUUUGAAAUAAAAGGUUUUGUGUUAA